UCGUAAGCAUUCUGGCUGGAAACACGGACUGCUCGGACGCUGGAAACACUGCAGUCGUCUUCAUUCUAGCAAACGUCGUCAUAACCUGCUCGAUUUCACCCGUCAUUUGGAUUCGAGCGCUUUACGAGAAGGCUUCGGUGAGUCAUGUCUUUCCAUCAAGACCGCGGGGGUCCCAGGCGAGGAAUGCCGCCCGGCCAAAACUACAGAGCCGCCAACCUGAGGCCCCCGCCAGCUCAGCCCGCGGUACCCUCGUACCACUACGACCCUCAAGCUCCCGCCGUGCCUGGUUACCAUGGGAACAGCAGCGGCUACAUGCCCCCGCACCCCGACUUCAUGUCGUACCCACCGCCGGCGCCUCCCCCGACGCCGGGCUCUCUUCACCCGUGCCCCGUGCGUCCGCCCUUCGCCAAGCCGCCUGUGCAGGGCUUCCCUGACCCGCCGCCUAGCUUUCCGCCUCCCCCCUUGCCAGGGACUCCCAUGACCGGCUCACAGAUGCCGCAAAAUGCCUACCACCCGUACAUGAUGCCGCCCGUGCCCCCGCCGCCCUUGCCGCACCCGCCCGUGCCUCCCCCCGUGCCCACCCAGUCCGUGCCUUACCCUCCUCCGUACCACAUGGGCUACCCCCAUCCUCCGCACCCGCCCUUCCCUCCCCCUGUCUUCAGCCCGGGAUACGCCCAAAACCCCGGCUCGUUCAAACCCGAGCAGAGUUUCCACCACAGGGGGCAGUACGAGCACGAGAAGCCCGGCGAUGGCGGCCGGCGCUCCCCCGAGCGAGGAUAUCGCCAUGAUGACCACCGGAAGAGGGGCUACGCCGGCCAUGUGGACAGGCGCCGCGUGGACGUUCCCGGAGGGCGCAAGGACCGCGACAGGAGCCCGGACAGGCACGGCAGGAGCGAGGGCGCGAGGUACAGGUCCGAGUAUGACAGAGGACGCUCACCCGGCGGUGCACGUCGAAGCCGCGAUCGCAGCAGGGAGCGCUAUCGACACCGAGAGACUCGAAGGUCCCCGUCACCUGACCGACACCGAAAGAGGCCUCGCAGUCGCUCGAGCAGCAGAGACAGGAAGCGCAGUCGCUGGGAGGAGGAGCGGGACCGCCAGUCCGAGUGCUCGUCGGCUCCGAGCCGAGACCGCGGCUACUCCUCCGGCCGGAGCAGAGAUUCAGAGGAUUGCGUCAGCGGCGCCGAGCGAGAGCGGGGCGAGGACGAGAAAGACGACGGCGACCUGCUGAAGCCCGCCUGGAUCCGCUGCACCCACGCUGAGAACUUCUACUCCAACGACCCCAUGGAUCAAGUGGGAGAUUCAACCGUCGUCGGCACGAGUAAACUGCGAGCCCUCUACGAGCGCUUCGAGGAGGAGCUGGGAAAGAGGCAGACGAGAGCCAAGGAGUCUCGACCCAAGUGGGAACCGCCGAAGACCAAACUGGACGAGGAUCCCGGCAACAGCAGCAGCGAGUCGGAGUGCGAGUCGGACGGGGAGGGAAGCUCUUGCUCCAGCAGCUCGGACUCGGAGUUGUUUGACGUCAUUGCCGAGAUCAAGAGGAAGAAAGCGCACCCGGAUCGACUUCACGAGGAGCUGUGGUACAACGACCCGGGACAGAUGAACGACGGUCCUCUGUGCAAGUGCAGCGCCAAGGCCCGACGCACCGGCAUCCGCCACAGUAUCUACCCAGGGGAGGAGUCUGUCAAAUUGUGUCGCGGGAUGAACAACAACGCCGGGAAGUUGUUCCACUAUCGGAUAACUGUGUCUCCUCCUACCAACUUCUUGACAGACCGUCCCACAGUGAUCGAGUACGACGACCACGAGUAUCUUUUCGAGGGCUUCUCCGUCUUCUCCCACACUCCUCUCACCAGUAUUCCAUUGUGCCGGGUGAUCCGCUUCAACAUAGAUUACACCAUCCACUUCAUAGAGGAGAUGGCACCCGAGAACUACUGCGUCCGAGGCCUGGAGCUGUUCGCCUCCUACCUCUUCCAGGACAUUCUGGAGCUGUACGACUGGAACCUCGCAGGGCCAGAUUGGGAGAAUAAUGCCGGCGGAUCCCAGCGCUUCCACUUUAUGCCUCGUUUUGUUCGGUUCCUACCCGAUGGUGGCAAGGAGGUGCUGUCCAUGCACCAGGUGCUGCUCUACCUCCUGCGCAGCAGCAAGUCACUGGUCCCCGAGGAGGAGAUCGCCGACAUGCUGCAGUGGGAGGAGCUGGAGUGGCAGAAGUAUGCGGAAGAGUGCAAGGGCAUGAUCGUCACCAACCCAGGCUCGAAACCGAGCUCGGUGCGGAUCGACCAGCUGGACCGGGAGCAGUUCAACCUAGACGUCAUCACCUUCCCCAUCAUCGUUCAUUUCGGGAUACGGCCCGCCCAGCUCAGCUACGCCGGAGACCCUCAAUACCAAAAGCUGUGGAAGAGCUACGUGAAACUGCGCCACCUGCUGGCCAACAGCCCCAAGGUUAAGCAACUUGAUAAGCAGAAGCUGACGCAGAGGGAGGAAGCUCUUCAGAAGAUCCGUCAGAAGAACACCAUGCGCCGGGAGGUGACAGUGGAGCUCAGCAGCCAGGGAUUCUGGAAGACCGGCAUCCGCUCCGACGUCUGUCAGCACGCCAUGAUGCUGCCCGUCCUCACCCAUCACAUCCGCUACCACCAGUGCCUCAUGCACCUGGACAAGCUGAUUGGCUACGUCUUCAAGGAGCGCUGCCUCUUGCAGCUGGCCAUGACACAUCCCAGUCACCAUCUCAACUUCGGGAUGAACCCCGACCACGCCCGCAACUCACUGUCCAACUGCGGCAUCCGUCAGCCCAAAUACGGCGACAGGAAGGUUCACCACAUGUACAUGAGAAAGAAAGGAAUCAACACUUUGAUUAACAUCAUGUCCCGUCUGGGCCAGGAUGACCCGUCCCCCUCCAGGAUCAAUCACAACGAGCGGUUGGAGUUCCUGGGCGACGCUGUCGUGGAGUUUCUCACCAGUGUCCACUUAUACUACCUUUUCCCCACUUUGGAGGAAGGAGGCCUGGCCACCUACAGAACAGCCAUAGUGCAGAAUCAACACCUGGCCAUGCUCGCUAAGAAACUGGAGUUGGAUCGCUUCAUGCUCUACGCUCACGGGCCGGACCUGUGCCGGGAGUCGGACCUGCGGCAUGCCAUGGCCAACUGCUUUGAGGCCCUCAUUGGUGCCGUUUAUUUGGAGGGCGGCUUGGAUGAGGCCCGGCAGCUCUUUGGACGUCUGCUCUUCAACGGCCAGGACCUGCAGGAUGUUUGGCUUCAAUACCCUCCACACCCUCUGCAGGUCCAGGAGCCUCAGACGGAUCGGCAGUUGAUCGAGACCUCGCCCGUCCUGCAGAAGCUGACCACCUUCGAGGACUCCAUCGGCGUGUUGUUCACUCACGUGCGCCUGCUGGCCCGAGCCUUCACGCUGAGGACGGUGGGCUUCAACCACCUCACGCUGGGCCAUAACCAGAGGAUGGAGUUCCUGGGGGAUUCCAUCAUGCAGCUGGUGGCCACAGAGUAUCUCUUCAUCCACUUCCCCGACCACCACGAGGGACAUUUAACACUUCUACGCAGCUCGCUGGUCAACAACCGCACGCAGGCCAAAGUGGCGGAGGAGUUGGGCAUGCAGGAGUUCGCCAUCACCAACGACAAAACCAAGCGGCCCGUGGCGCUACGGACCAAGACCCUGGCCGACUUGCUGGAGUCUUUCAUCGCGGCACUCUACAUUGAUAAGGACCUGGAAUUCGUGCACACCUUCAUGAACGUCUGUUUUUUCCCCCGACUGAAGGAGUUUAUUCUCAACCAGGACUGGAACGACCCCAAGUCUCAGCUGCAGCAGUGCUGCCUGACGCUGAGGACGGAGGGCAAGGAGCCCGACAUUCCGCUCUACAAGACGCUGCAGACGGUGGGGCCGUCGCACGCGCGCACUUACACCGUCGCAGUCUACUUCAAGGGCGAGCGCAUCGGCUGCGGCAAAGGCCCGAGCAUCCAGCAGGCGGAAAUGGGAGCUGCCAUGGACGCACUUGACAAAUAUAACUUCCCGCAGAUGGCCCAUCAGAAGCGCUUCAUCGAGCGCAAGUACCGGCAAGAGCUGAAGGAGAUGAGACGCGAGCGGGAACGCCAGGAGAAGGACGGCGACGAGCCCAACGACGGCAGGAAGUGAGGGGGGCCGACGUCGCUGGAGACUCGCCUCGGUUCGGGACGCGGGUGGAAGUCGCACUGGUAAAGUUGUGUUCAACGUGGAGUCGAAAACUGGGGCGGGGGCGAGGGGGAAACUCACACAAAAGAAGAAACAUCAUCAUUUUUAAGCCUUUUGUCAUCUAUUUUUUUUAAUGAGCCCCCGUAAAAACAAAUAUUUUUUUUUUUAAAGAUUGAAAGUGAAAGUAAAUAAACAAAAUUAGAAUUAAGUUGUCUGCAAGUCAAGUCAAUAAUUAAAGUUGGCCGCUGCCCAACUGUUUAAUACGCCAUCACCAUCUGUCUUACAUCUGCCACUCAUCCCUCCAAUAAUCCAAAUUAGAUUGUUUUUCUUUUUUUGUUCACUUUGCCCUUCCCAAAUCCAAUUGGCUGUCAAGAUGAUCUGAAUUAGAGAUGAUCUAAUUUCCCCUGCCAAGAAGCUUGCAGGUCCAUAAAAAAAUACCUAUUACUACUUUCCUAUUCGCCCUUUUAUUAUGUUUUUUACUCAGUGAUGCAUAAAUUAAAAAAAUGUAAAAUACAUAUAUCAUUAAAAACAACUUUAGUAAUGGAGGAUGGAAGGAAAGAAUGAAAAUACAAGGGGGUAAAAAGGAACAGAAGAGAAGGAAGGAGGAGGAAAUGAACUGGAAGAAAGAAAAGAAAGCAUAAAAGGAAAGAAGAAAGGAAGCAGGUAAAGGGAAGAAGGAAAACUAACGAAAGGAAAAAGGUAUUAUGUUGAGCAGCUAGCCGUUAGCAACUAAUCAGCUGUUCACCGCCACCACUGCCAAUGGCGAUCGAUCCGAACCUUUCUCUGCAUCAUCUUAAGACGUUUACCACCCUGCUUUCUUCGGCGGAGCCUCAGCUGCCUGCCGGACUUCUCCUGGAAUCUUUCGUCACGCAGCUGCUUGCCAUCAAGCCGGCUGACAAUCAGCCCGUGGGCAACGCUAGCUACGACUCUGUUCACGUGGCGCUCCAAACAUACUUCAAAUUUGAAUGACUUUUGUGUGUUGUUGUUAAGUGUCCCUUAAAAGGCACUCUUUACAGUAAAGUGCCGCGAUAUAAAGUAGCAGUUGUUUGAAGAGUAUAAAAAAAGGUGUGUUUUUAGUAAGUUUGUGUUUUAAUAAAGUGAAAUGUAUUUGAAGUAUGUGGUCUCUAUCGUGGAUUUUUACCUGUAUUAUUUCACAUUUUAUUCAUCCCGAGUGCUUGGAGGCAAGUGCUCAUGAAUCAGAGGAAGCAGCUUUUCAAGAUAUUUAAUCGUGUCAUAUAAAUAUCCAGUACAAAAUCUCACGUUGUACAAAGCAGAAUUGAUGGACGCGGGCCCGCCAGGCUACGGCGACACUUUUUCUACGCUCACAGAGACUCCACCACGUUUGUCACCAACGGCCCAACGGCGUCUACACAUCGACAAGCACACGUCUACUGGAUGGCGCCACCACAUUUGCGUCGGGUGGGGGGGGGGGGGGGAGA